UGACAGUUGAGUAGACAUUGACAAUCAGCUGAUCCUUUUCCUUGACCCAAGUUUCGCGUACGAUGUAGCAUAUUCUCGAAAUCGCUGUCCUUUUUUUAUUUGUACAGCUUAUAUCUUUGUAUCCUUUUUAUCGACAUCGCACUAGGAAUAUUACGUCAAAAUAAUGAUUGUCAGUCGCCACGUCUAUCGCCUAUCAGUUCAUUCAGACUUGAUUCAGACGUUCAGUUUGAUAUCUCACGUAAAGAGUUGGACGGCUACGAUAAGUUAAAAUAAUCUUGCGGUGUUAAUGUUGGAAUCCUAGCCAUGAUAAAUGUACAGAUAAAGUUUACUUUGCGAUAUAUUUUUUUGCGAUUUACAUAAUUGCAAACUUAUAAAACACAUGAUGAUGCAAUAAAAGUUAGACUACAAAAAUCAAGUUCAAAGUGCUAAAACAAUUGGCGUCGAAUCGAUUUCUACAGCGAAGAGAUAUCGUGCGUCACUCGCUAUACAGCUAGGUCAAUUGGGCAGAACAUAUUUGAUUGUUGGGACAAUAUUGUAAUGUAUUGUAAACUUGUGAAGUGAUUUAAAACAACUGCUGGACAGUGCAGGAUUAGCGAAAGAACCUGUUGAAGCGGCCUACCAUGACUGAUACCAGUUCCGUCAGGUACCUUCUCACUAAGUAGCUAUCCUCUGCACUCUUCUGAUGUUUGCCGCAUGGUCUCAAUGUUCUGACACACUAGCACCCUUCAUUUGACUCACUUGUUGAACGAGGACCGAGAGCGCAUUCCGUGCCUGAGCUCAGACUGUGACCGCACGAUGUGGGGAGCACAGCGCCGCGUCCUCCUGGACGUUCUGUUGGCCUGCUGGGGCGUGGGCACGUGGCUGGGAGUCAACGGGCUCUACGUCCAGCUGCCGCUGCUAGUGGAGCGGCUGCCCGAGGGCUGGGCGCUGCCUUCGUCCAUGGUCUUAGCUGUACAACUUGCCAACUUGGGAUUAGUGGCUUACGCGCUGUUGCGCCGGCUCCGACCGAAAGCUUCCGAUUCUCCCUACAUCUACGGAUUGCUUGUUGUAGGAACCCUCGCACUUGCACUCAAUGCCUUCCUUUACGAACAGACAGUCUCAAACCGGUCCCUCGCUUUCCUCUUCCUAACUUUCUUCGCGGCGCUCGUAGGAUGUACGAGUUCUGUUUUAUUCUAUCCGUACUUGAGGCACUUCCGCGACGUGUAUCUCGCGACAUAUUUAGUCGGCGAAGGGUUGAGCGGAUUCAUCCCGGCCAUCUUAGCUUUGAUUCAGGGUAUCGGCGGCGAGCCCACGUGCAUACUUAACGAUGAAGGUACAGGGCUGGUACCGGUCUAUCCGCCGCCGCGAUUCGACACGACUGUGUUCCUAGUGCUGUUGUCAGGCUUGUCAGCGAUGAGUUUGGUCAGCUUCGUAAUAGUAGAUCGAUACAGUGGGUUCGCAUCGGAGCGUGUGGAACCUGCCGCCGCCGCUAAGGACGAUGAAGCGACAUCGGAGCCGGUAGCGCUUCAUCGCGGGCGAUGGCUUUUCGUGUUGGUUCUCAUGGGAGUUCUCAACGCGCUUUCAAACGGGGUUCUUCCGUCCGUGCAGUCGUACUCGUGCAUGCCGUACGGGAACCUGGCAUACCACCUGGCGGUGACACUGGGCGCGAUGGCAAACCCGGCGGCGUGCCUGGCGGGCGUGUGGCUGGCGCCGCUGCCGGGCCGCGUGCUGGCGGUGCUGCUGUCGGCCGCGGCGGUGCCGCUCGCCUACAUCCUGGCUACGGCGCUGCUCAGCCCCGAGCCGCCGCUGUACCACCACGCCGGCGGAGCUGUUUUAGUGGUGGUGUCGUGGACGCUGGUGAGCGGGGUGGUGUCGUACGCGCGCAUGUGGGUGUACGGGUGGGCGCGGCGGGGCGGCGCGCGCGGCAUGCGCGCCACGGGCGUGGCCACGCAGGUGGGCUCGUCCGUGGGCUCCGCGCUGCUCUACCUGCUCGUCAACCACGCCGGCAUCUUCACGCAGCCGCCCGCCUGCCCGCCCCUCAGCUAGUAUCUCGAGUAUAAUGUUGACGACCACUAAUUAUGUGUGCUUGGGUGCUUAAUUUAAACUUGUAGUUCGUAGAAAGCUUGCGACGCUGGAUGUCAAUGAAGGCUACUGAAUUAUGUGUGUUCUUAGAUUUACUAGAAGUAUUUGUUAGGAGUGAUAUCAAAAAUGACUAGUUUGUGACGAGUGGAAAACUAGUUUGAUUCGUAAGGCUAGGUUUAGUUUCAAUUUGUGUAGGGUAAUUUUCAUAUGACCUAAGUAUGUA